UCCCCCUCCCUCCCCUCCCCCCAGAGGCCCAGGCCCCACAGGCAGCGGCGGGAGGUUGAGGUAGCUGCGGCGGCUUCAGUGCUUGUGCAGUGAGGAAAGCCGAGCGGACCACGGGCCAGGCCCCGGCCCCGGCCGGCCGUGGCCAUGAGUGGCUCGUCGGGCACCCCGUACCUGGGCAGUAAAAUCAGCCUCAUCUCCAAGGCGCAGAUCCGCUAUGAGGGCAUCCUCUACACCAUCGACACGGACAACUCCACCGUGGCCCUCGCCAAAGUGAGAUCCUUUGGUACAGAAGACCGCCCUACUGAUAGGCCUGCUCCUCCAAGAGAGGAAAUUUAUGAGUACAUCAUUUUCCGGGGAAGUGAUAUCAAAGAUAUUACUGUAUGUGAACCUCCAAAAGCUCAACACACAGUCCCUCAGGAUCCUGCUAUUGUCCAAUCUUCCCUGGGCUCUGCCUCUACAUCAUCCUUCCAACCACAUGUGCCUUACAGCCCCUUUAGAGGUAUGCCACCCUACAACCAGCUUGCUGCCAGCUCCCUACUUAGCCAGCAGUAUGCAGCUUCCUUAGGUUUAGAAAAGUUGGUAAGCCCUCCAGCCUCAGCCGCUGCUUCAAGCCCUAGUUCUUCUCCAUCUCCACAGCCUGUUUCAGAGCUUGACAUGUCCUCAGAGCCACAUCAGCUCUCUUCUAAGGGAACUGGUUUUCCAUCCAUCCCGGUACGUAAGAGUCCCAUGGUAGAACAGGCAGUCCAGACUGGUUCUGUUGAUAACCUGAAUGCCAAAAAACUCCUACCCACCAAGGCUCCCAUAGGGAUCCAACGCAGUGGUCGCCAGGUCCAACCAAACAACAAAACAAGUGAUGUAGUUCAGCCAGUACCUGUGCAAAAUCAAGGUCAGGUGAAUGAUGAAAACAGAAGACCUCAAAGGAGAAGAUCAGGAAACAGGCGAACAAGGAACCGUUCCAGAGGGCAGAACCGUCCAACAAAUGCUAAGGAAAACACUAUUAAGUUUGAAGGUGACUUUGAUUUUGAGAGUGCAAAUGCUCAGUUCAACAGAGAAGAGCUUGACAAGGAAUUUAAGAAGAAACUGAAUUUUAAAGAUGACAAAACGGAGAAAGAAGAGAAAGGAGAUCCAGCAGUAGUAACUCAGAACAAUGACAGCACAACGGAGGAGGACCUCCUGGGACCUAACUGCUAUUACGACAAAUCCAAGUCGUUCUUUGACAACAUAUCUUCUGAACUAAAGUCCAGUUCUAGGCGUACAACAUGGGCUGAAGAAAGGAAGCUCAACACAGAGACCUUUGGAGUGUCGGGAAGAUUUCUUCGAGGCCGUAGCUUCAGGGGUGGCUUUAGAGGUGGAAGAGGCACUGGAACAGCCCGGCGCAACCAAACUUCCCACAGAGCUGGUACUGGGAGAGUUUAAGAGUAUGUAACUAUUUGCUAAGUGGCACAAAGGUGAUGCUGUGUAUAUAAGAAAACAUUGAAAAUGCUGCACUUAAUGUGGGGAGAAAAUGGGUCAUUUUGUUUACUACUUUUUUGGAAAAUCCCACAGUACUACUGCUUAGUUUGGACUUCAACGGAACUUGAACUUGGUCUGAGUGAAAACCACUUGUUUUUUGGAAGUGUUCAUGGGUAACCUCCUUUGAGGUGUCUUGGUCUCUUUCUCCCCCCCUCCCCCUUUUUUUCUUAAAAGCACAGCCUAAUUUUAAGUUUUUCUUUUGGUAUUUUGCAGAAGGGUUUUCUGUGUUCUUUAGUGAGGGUUUAACUAAAUCUUUUUUUUGAGACAAUAAUUGACUUUUUAAAAGUAGAACCAAAUCUCAUUAAAAACAAGCCAAUUACAUUUUUAGUAACCAAACUGACCCUUUGGUGCUGCUGGUCUGUCACUCCCACUUCUAAGAAGCAACAUGUUUCAGUAACUCUUGGUGUCUAGAGAACUGGAUGCCCAGUAC